AUGACAUUAUCAAAAUCACGCGCAAUUACCAUCAUAAUAGCGCUUGCGACAUUGACCAGCAACACCCUAUUUUCUCUGGUCUUGAGCCAAUUACCAGAUGAUCGUUUCCUUCUUGCACGCAAUUUUGGAUGGUAUUUGCAUGUCGCAAAUGUUCUGAGCGUCUUCGGAUUUAUAGGUGCUAUAAGACAACACGCUCUCAGCGUCUCCAUAUUUUCCUUCUUCCUAACCCUCGACGCAAUCCUCUGCACCAUCCCUUACUUCCUCAUCCUCAGCUUCCUCUGCAGCAACCCAUCUCUCGACUCGACCUUCUACCUCCCCCAAAAGUCAGCUUCCCUAUUCCGCACUCCCGCCUCUCCACAUCCCGAACCCCCUCUCGAAUCCACAACCACAAGUACCUUGUCGUUCCAGACCUGCCACGGGGGCAACUACCUACCGUGGUUUACGCUCGCCGUGUGCAUCCCAGCAACAAUUCUGAAGUUCAUGGGCGCCUUGCGCGUCAGGUCGCACGCAAAGGCACUAUCAACAAGAGAUCGUUUGGAUGAGGUGGAGAUACCUACGGUGGAGAUAUCUGAAUAUCAUGACGCGGCGCCUCUCGGUAUAAGUAAUGAUGUUCUCGAAAUUAAGUUAUAG